UAGCGUAACCAUCUGACAAACGUCAGGUGUUGAUAUCGUUUAACUUGCAGCUCCCACUUCUUCAAUCUUACGUGUUUUGUGUCAAAAAGUAGGGUUAUGGUCAAUAAUAUAAAUUGUAGCAGUUAUCAUUUGUUUUCCAAUUGUUUUUUUAUGCCAGAGUGAAGAAAGUAAAUGAGAGCUAGAGAAUAUAUGUGGUGAAAAGUAUAAGUAAUAUUUUGAAAAACAUCAUUCCUCAGAAACUACAUUAUGACAUAAUAUCUAAAAUUGCUUGGAGCUGCGACUAGCGUCUACCAGUAUUCAAAAAUAUAAUCUUGUCCUGCAUAGUAUUUAUCAGUAUGUUGACAGAAAUACCAAAGUUGUUCAAGAUAUAUUCAAAGCACUGCACGAACCUUCAAAGGAUAAUACAAGAUACCCAAAAUAAAAUAGAUGAUAUAAGCAAUACUCUUUACUCAGUGUGUGACAUAAAAGAUGACAUUCUGCAAUCGGGUAUUGAUACACUUUAUCCAAAUCUUGACAAAAUCCCAACAUUUUUAGUAUUUGGACAAACUUGUCAUGCCAAAGCAUCAUUUGUGAAUCUGUUGUUGGGACAACACUUACUUCCAUGUUUUAGUUCAAAUUGGCGAUAUGUCACAAUCACAUAUGGUACAUCAAGAAACUUGCGAUUGACAUUACACAGAGAGAUUGAAAUUGUUGAAAAAUUACAUGCACAUGAUGCUUCAUGGAUUGUUGUACCAGAAGCAGACAUACAGAGAAGAGAUGAUGAGAAUUUACUAGAUCACUGUCCCUGGUUAGAGAUUGAAUUGCCUCAAGCAAUGCUAAAGGAAAAUGUUAAUAUCAUAGUACCUCCUGACAUUGAAAUGGCUCAAUUGUCAGAAAAUAUCAGCAAACAUUUUGAUAAUGUAUUACCUAUUAUUGUUUAUGCCAUAUCCGAAGAGAUCUUAACAGAUAGUAAUAUUCAAGAAAUCAGAAAGCUUAAGGAUAUGUACAAAGUACCAUUUCUGUUUGUAAAUAUCUCUGCAACAAAGGCAAGUACUGAGUCCUUAACAGAAUCUGAGCAACACUUGAUAGAGUGCAAUAGAAGUAAGAAGACAUCAAAGUUACAUAAUCUACGUGAUCAGUUAGUUAGACUAGGAUUUUUAGACGAUAUUGAAAAUAUUAAGACUGAUAAAAUGAUGAAAGCGAAAUGUAUAUGCGUUCUGGAUACUCUAAUUUGUGAUAAAAAAAUCAAUGAAGAAUUAUAUUUAUAUCUAAGUGCAGUAAUCAGAUCCACGGCUUUCAACGUGGCGGUCAAACUGAGUGAGAUACACAAUAAAUGUUUACGGAAAUUUAUAAUGAGAGCAUUUGACAUGGCCAGAGAAAUACAAAUAACACCAAAGAGGAUAGAAUAUGCUCAAAAGAUUGAACUACAGCUCUAUGACACUCUGAUGCUUAUUGCUUGCGAGCAACAAGAAGAAAUAACUGCAAUAAUCCAAAGGACUCUUUUAGAUAUGAAAUCGAAUGUUGCUGAAGUUUUGGAAGGAUACAAUCAAAACAAUAGCAAUCGUCAGCUAAACUCCAAAACUGCAACCAUGGAAAUCCAGCAGUUGGUUUUGCGAAAACUAAAUACUUCAGUAGCAACCCAAAUUGUUCAAUCAGUCGGAUGUCUCCACGAAAGUUUCACUGGUACCCUGCAGAGAUGCCUGGAAAGCUUGGAAAAGAACUGCCAUGAAGUUGAAGGGAACCUCUCCGCUUCAGAUGCCGUCAAACAGAUUAUCACAGCUGCGUAUAAUGUGGAUCUCAACUCGUCAGCCUCGUUUUCAAUUGUCCAUACGUUGAUGGAUCGACUGAAAGCCUUGCUGACAACGUUUGCGCUGCCUUGGUCACCAUCAGGUCAAGUACACUGCAACCUACAAUGGCAACUACAAGUUGCUACGAAUAUGAUUGAAAAACUCAGUGCUUCCAAGCUUGCCAAGAAUAUAUGCGUACAGUUUAAAGAACAUAUCAAGUCUUCUCAUGAAGCAUUUCAGCAAGCGAUACGAUCCUUAGACCACCAACUUUCAGGACAAUUGGAGCAAACUGAAGAACAGAGGAUAGCAAUACGUAAAAAACAUGCUCCUAGGUUUGCAAGGCUUGCUUUGGAAAGUACUUCACUUUGUGAUUUAUUCAGGUAUGGAAAACCAAAACAAAUUAAAGAAAUAGGUAGGGGGCAGUAUGGAGUAGUGUAUGCCUGCGAGCCUUGGGGUGACGUUAAAGUUUGUGCAAUCAAGUCUGUAGUACCUCCAGAUGACAGACAUUGGAACGACUUGGCAAUGGAAUUCUUUUAUACCAGAACUAUCCCAGAACACCCUAGGAUAGUGAAACUGAGAGGUUCCGUGAUAGAUUAUAAAUAUGGAGGUGGAAGCUCACCAGCUGUACUAUUGGUGAUGGAAAGAAUGACCAGAGAUCUGUAUUGUGGCUUACGUUGUGGUCUGUCCUGGAUAAUAAGGCUCAAAAUUGCUAUUGAUGUCAUCGAAGGCAUCAGAUACCUGCAUUCUCAGGGCUUGGUACAUAGGGAUAUCAAAUUGAAGAAUGUUCUGCUGGACGCUGAAGAUCGAGCAAAACUGACUGAUUUCGGCUUUUGUAUACCAGAAGCCAUGAUGUCAGGUAGUAUAGUCGGCACCCCAGUACAUAUGGCACCAGAGUUGUUGAGCGGAAGGUACGAUGCAAAAGUUGAUGUGUACGCCUUUGGAAUACUUUUCUGGUAUAUAUGUUCUGGACAAGUGAAGCUUCCUAAUCACUUUGAUCAAUUCCAAACAAGGAGCAGUUGUGGAAUAGUGUUAAAAAAGGUAUGAGGCCCGAAUGUCUUCCAAACUUUGAAGAGGCCUGUUGGAAUCUCAUGGAGCAAUGUUGGGCUGCUGACCCAGCUGACCGACCUUUUCUCGGCUAUGUCCAACCCCAGCUUGAAGCGAUCUACAAUAGUGCCAAGGUUACAUUUUCUGACAGUUCAAUCUCGGAUAAUCCUAGUUAAUGUCAUUAAAGCUUACUGGGUCAUCAAUUUUUGUGAUUUUAAGUUAAUGUCAAAAAGAUACUGAAACGUUCAUGUGAUACAUUUGUUUGUUUAUAUAUACAGGGUGUAAAGUUAGUAGUGGGUCAAUGGAUAGAGGGCCACAAAACUUAUCGAAUGAACCCUUCUAUGUGUGGUCCGAAAUUUUAUAGUUCAGGAGAUAUUUGCAAUUUUGUGAAAUUUCGAAAAAAACGAGAUAAUGAACUAUUAAUCGCAAUUACAGCUAAACCAUUAGGCAAUGGUUAUGUCACUUUUUAACAGAGCUAACUUUACACCCAGUAUAUAGAGAUGAUUUUCUACGUGAACGCUAACAGUGCUUUAAGUUUAAGUUUAAUGUUCUCAGUCUUUAAAAAGACAUUAUAUAAUAACUGGGGAUUUUCAAGUGCAGUAGCUUAUUCCAAAAAUUCUUAGGAAAAAAAAGACGUGGAUCACAGGGGGGUUCAAAGAAUAGUGGCAAUAUUUAUAUAGCGGAAAGUAGAUCCAAAAAUAACGCGAAUAUGAAAUCAAAAAUGCCCCUUUACCCCUAUACAAUGUUAUAAUUUCAAAAGCAAAAAAAAUAUGUAUUCGGAAUGGAUCAAGGCACUGACUUGAAUUUUUGUAGUAGUCCAAGCACCAUAUCGAAUACAUACAAAAAUGUUUUGACCCUUACAGAAGUAAAAGAAAAUUAUAUUCAGCUCCACUGACUUGAAAAAUUCAUUGGAUUUUUGAAUAAGAUAUUUAAUUCCACUUGAAUUGAUUGAUUGAAUUGUCUCACUUGAGACAUUUUUGUCAGGUCAUCCUUUUCGGAGAAUAAUUGGUUUGAAUAUUUGAGGUGAAAUCCAUAUCAAUCGAAAAAUUCGCUGAAGUUUGAGACUGGAAAUUUUGGCAAGAUGCCAGGAGAGUAAUCCUAUCCCACAAUAGAAUAGCAACAAUGUUCAUGUUUUGUCCGUACUCAGUCUCAUCAGUGGGGUAGAAACUUGCACGUCUUGGAAAUGGGCCAUUUAGGACCUGUACAUAUAGGUACUGUUUGGAUGUACUUUCUGCUCUAAAAAUAUUACCAUCAUUAUUUUAAAUACCCGGUAUGUAGGACCAUGACCAAUUCUAUUUAAAAGUAAUCACAGGUGUAUUUAAAAAGUACAUAAUAAUCCUGACUCAAACUCAAGUAGUUUCAUUUGCAAAAAUUUGUCUUAGCCACCUAAUUCAUAUGAUUUUUGAUUUUUAUGAUGCACUUGUAAAAUCCUUUAUCUUGAUAUUUGAAUGUUUGACGUUGUUGAUUUUUCUGGUUCGUAGAAGUUCGAAAAAUUUAUUUUUUUAUGUAGUUUUAGUUUUUCUAAAUGUGAUUAUUAGUAAAAUGUUUUAGCCUAAUCAUUAUUAGUUCAUAUUUAUUAAUCGUUAUUCUUCCUAUUUUGCCUCAUCUCCAUUACUAAUGUUUUAGAUGCCGUUAAGAGUAUCUCAGAAUAUUCUUGCAUUGAAAACCCAUUUGUUCUGAGCUUUGUUAUGCUAUCAUCUCAAGUUGUUAUAAGUCGAAAAACAAUGGUUAUAUUUCUAGAGUAACACUAGUGACUGAUUGAAACUGGAUUUUCAGCCGAACCGAAUCAUCGGCUUUUGUCCUAGUUUCAGUCUAAACAAAAACCUUUUUUAUGCUUAUCAAAAUGUACACAAUUCCUUGGACUUCAGAAGUUUCCACAGUUAUAGGAGCAUUUGGGCAACUUAUCUAUCAUAAUGUAUGUUUUUCUUGCUCAAUAGGAUUACACGAAAUCAAAUAUAGUUAAUUUGUGAAAUGAAAAAAUAGUCUACCUACCCAUACAGCCCAAUAAGUUAAGAUUGAAAAAAUGUACAUAAAUACAUUUUUUGACAAAAACAUGGUUUUUCAGUCACCUCCAUACACAGCAUGAAAAGUAUUAAGAGUAUUUCUCAAAACAGGCUGCUGAAAAAAAGGGUUGUGUGACGUAAAAAGCAGUUUAACAAUAUUACCCUGAUUGUAGAGGUACCUAUUCAAGGACAGGUCUACAUCGAGUAAUAUAAUUUUAAAUGACAUUAAUUACUCACCUAGAUGUUUGUUGUUGAUGCUAAUUACGUAGAGGGAAAAAGCUAAUUCUCAUUAUUUUGGUCAAUAAUAAUAGUUUUUCAGGUCAGUCAGAAGUGAAAACAUAUAUUUCGCCUCAUUAGUAAUAUUUUAAAUUUCAUUUCAACAGUCUUUCUUGCUUUGAAUUUAUACUUGUAUACUGGUAUGGAGGCCUUUAAGGAACGAGGUUUACAGAUUUUUUCGUUUUAUGUAUUUCAAUCCUAGAAAUAUUAGCAUUGCUUUUCGAAUCACCCUGUAUCUAUGAAGUAUAACUUUACUUAAUAUGUAUACUCAUAACAGCCAGCGUUUAAAGUGGAUGCUCGAAACAUGCAUUUGUAAUUGUAAUUUUUAUGUGGAAGAUUGACGAUACUCUUGAAUGUAAUUUAUUCCCCGUUCUUAAUUGUGUAAAGGUUUUUUCGCGAAAAUCCAUUACGUCAAACUUGAGAGCAAAUAACAGCUGAUUAUCUAGUGACAUUUCAGUAUUUCAAAAUACCCCCAUAUCGAUAAGACAAUCCUGACAGUGUCGCAUUUUGUUGUGUUCUUUCGUAUGCUAUGUAUUCAUACUUUCUAGCAAUGCUUUUAUUUAAAAAAGUACUUUCAUAAACAACAAAAAACGCCAGAAGCGAAAUGGUUGCUAAUGAUUAAGACUAUAUUUAAGGCCACUUAGCAAUAAAAUAAGAUAAACAGGUUUUGACUGUGUUUGGUAUAAACGGUUCUUAAUACGGUCCUGAGUUUAACACGAUUCAUUAUUGCUAACACUACAGGUUUUAACACAAAGAUAUCACUAGCUGAUCAGCAGUUCACCUCAGAAGACGUCAAAACGUAAUGGAUGUUCUUGAAAAAGAUCAUAGAAGCCAAAAAUAUAAGAUCAUGUCAUGUCACUAAUAUGAAUAUGUAUCAUCCUUUGGAGUACAGAAUAACAGUAACACAUGGAAAAUAAUCAACUUUGACGUUUAUCUCUAGGUGAUUUUCACCGCGUUUCAGAAA